UGUGUGUGUGUGUGUGUGUGCGUGUGUGUACUUAGAAAGAACUUCCCGUCCUUUCCUUCCACCCUUUUUGGCAAUAAGAAAACGUGUGUGCGCGUGUGGUGUGGUGUGUUUGUGGACGUACAGCUUGGGGGAAAGGGUGAGGCGUGGAAUCAGAAGAAACGGGAGUUUAUAAAGCCGGAAGACUCAAGGGUUUGCAGAGCAGGGCAGAGCGACUGCAGCCCGCCCCAGCGCGGACUCACAGCCUCGGGGCUCACGUUUGGCCCGAGGAGUUUGCGAGCUCCAAGUUCCCGGCGAGGGCUGCGCGCCAGCUGCAAACCGCAGCGGCUGCCGCGCCAGACCCGCAGGUGCCUCCCGAGCGGCCUGGAGAGGGUGGUGUGUGCUCCGCAACUUCCUUCCUCCCAAGCCGGCCGCCCUUCUCCAGUUCGCAAUGGGGAGAGGACCCCCUAGUCUUCUGAUCCUGCCUUUGCCGCCACUCUCUUCUCUUCCCCACCCCCCCAGUCUCUUUUGCAAAAGCUCCUAUGAUGUCAUAGGGGAGGCGGGGGUCCGGAGUCCCCAGCACCUGGAAGCGUCACUGGAUUGCAUUCUGCAGCAUUUUUUCUUCAUCCCACCCAAUUUUCCUUGCAACCCAUUGAAAACGCAUCCUCACCAAACACUGCGAACACUGCCCCCCGCUCCCCAACCACAGCCCAGCAGAAGACACCACUCCUCAUAGCGAGACAGGGCCAGGAGUCCUCACAGCACCCCACCCCAUCGGACCCCAAAUGGGGAAGAAAUCCGCUGAGGCACCCAAGGAGACUCUCCUCUCUGCUUUGAUCUCUCCUCCCCUCUCGGCUCACCCUUUUAAUUGAAGAAAAAGGAGGAAGGAGGAAGGAGAGAGAGACAGAGAGAGAGAGAGAGAGAGAAAGAGAGAGAGAGACACGGAGAGGGAGAGGGGGAGAGAGGGAGAGAGAGAGAGAGAGAGAGAGAGGCGCAACAGCCGCAAACAGUCUCCUAGACGUAGGGUUACACUGAUGGACCCGAUUGUAGGGUUUCUGCACUGAGUCCUGCCCCUCUGCCUUUCCUGCCAUCCCAGGUCCCUUCCCCUCCUGAAGCAGCAGUCUCUUCCAUCUCCCUCUCUGGUCUUUUCUCCCCACCCCUUUCCUCUGCACCUAACCUCCUCCCCUCCAUCUAACCCCACCUUCACUCUCUUCUCCGAGCGGGGAGGGCUAGGGGGUGGGGAAAGAAAACCCCCAAAUCCCCAGCCCUGGGCAGAGAUGUCGAAGAAACGCAAAGCCCUCGAGGGUGGAGGAGGUGGCGGAGAACCCCAGCUCCCAGAGGAGGAACCCACUGCCUGGUUUGGGGACAGCAGCGAGGAGCAAGCCAGCCGCCUUCCCUUCAGGCUUAAAGGUGGGAGCAAAGGACCCGCUUUGUUGGCUUUGAGGAGUGGGACAGACCCCCGGGCGCAGAUGAGCGAUGACCCAGCAGAAGGCACCCUGGACCCCUGCAGUGCGCCAGGCUUGACCGAUGAAAAAGUGAAGGCAUAUCUUUCUCUUCACCCUCAGGUAUUAGAUGAAUUUGUAUCUGAAAAUGUUAGUGCAGAGACAGUAGAGAAAUGGCUGAAGAGGAAGAACAACAAAUCAGAAGAUGAAGCGGCUCCUAAGGAAGUCAGCAGGUACCAAGAUACGAAUAUGCAGGGAGUUGUAUAUGAACUAAACAGCUACAUAGAACAACGGUUGGACACAGGAGGAGACAACCAGCUACUCCUCUAUGAACUGAGCAGCAUCAUAAAAAUAGCCACAAAAGCUGAUGGAUUUGCACUGUAUUUCCUCGGAGAGUGCAAUAAUAGCCUGUGCGUAUUCACACCACCUGGGAUAAAGGAAGGAAAACCCCGCCUCAUCCCUGCUGGGCCCAUCACCCAGGGCACCACCAUCUCUGCUUAUGUGGCCAAGUCCAGGAAAACACUGCUAGUAGAAGACAUCCUUGGGGAUGAACGAUUUCCACGAGGUACUGGACUGGAAUCAGGGACUCGCAUCCAGUCUGUUCUUUGCUUACCAAUUGUCACUGCAAUUGGUGACUUGAUUGGUAUUCUUGAGCUGUAUCGGCACUGGGGCAAAGAAGCCUUCUGUCUUAGUCACCAAGAGGUUGCAACAGCAAAUCUUGCCUGGGCUUCAGUAGCAAUACAUCAGGUGCAGGUAUGCAGAGGCCUUGCCAAACAGACUGAAUUGAAUGACUUUCUACUCGAUGUAUCAAAAACAUAUUUUGAUAACAUAGUUGCAAUAGAUUCUCUACUUGAACACAUAAUGAUAUAUGCAAAAAACCUGGUGAAUGCCGAUCGUUGUGCACUUUUCCAGGUAGACCAUAAGAACAAGGAGUUAUAUUCAGACCUUUUUGAUAUUGGAGAGGAAAAGGAAGGAAAACCUGUCUUCAAGAAGACCAAAGAGAUAAGGUUUUCAAUAGAGAAAGGAAUUGCUGGCCAAGUAGCAAGAACAGGGGAAGUCCUGAACAUUCCAGAUGCCUAUGCAGACCCACGCUUUAACAGAGAAGUAGACUUGUACACAGGCUACACCACGCGGAACAUCCUGUGCAUGCCCAUCGUCAGCCGAGGAAGCGUGAUAGGUGUGGUGCAAAUGGUCAACAAAAUAAGUGGCAGUGCCUUCUCUAAAACAGAUGAAAACAACUUUAAAAUGUUUGCCGUCUUUUGUGCUUUAGCCUUACACUGUGCUAAUAUGUAUCAUAGAAUUCGUCACUCAGAGUGCAUUUACCGGGUAACGAUGGAAAAGCUGUCCUACCAUAGCAUUUGUACUGCAGAAGAGUGGCAAGACCUCAUGCGGUUCACCCUUCCCGUGCGUCUCUGCAAGGAAAUUGAAUUAUUCCACUUUGACAUUGGUCCUUUCGAAAACAUGUGGCCUGGAAUUUUUGUCUAUAUGGUUCAUCGGUCCUGUGGGACAUCCUGCUUUGAGCUUGAAAAGUUGUGUCGUUUUAUUAUGUCUGUGAAGAAGAACUACCGGCGAGUUCCCUAUCACAACUGGAAGCAUGCGGUCACUGUGGCGCACUGCAUGUACGCCAUACUUCAGAACAACCACACACUUUUCACAGAUCUUGAGCGCAAAGGACUGCUGAUUGCGUGUCUGUGUCAUGACCUGGACCACAGGGGCUUUAGUAACAGCUACCUGCAGAAGUUCGACCACCCUCUGGCAGCUCUCUACUCCACCUCCACCAUGGAGCAGCACCACUUCUCCCAGACAGUGUCCAUCCUCCAGUUGGAAGGGCACAAUAUCUUCUCCACCCUGAGCUCCAGUGAAUAUGAACAGGUGCUUGAGAUCAUCCGCAAAGCCAUCAUUGCCACAGACCUUGCUUUAUACUUUGGAAACAGGAAACAGUUGGAGGAGAUGUACCAGACCGGAUCGCUAAACCUUAAUAAUCAAUCACAUAGAGACCGUGUAAUUGGUUUGAUGAUGACUGCCUGUGAUCUUUGUUCUGUGACAAAACUGUGGCCUGUUACAAAAUUGACGGCAAAUGAUAUAUAUGCAGAAUUCUGGGCUGAGGGUGAUGAAAUGAAGAAAUUGGGAAUACAGCCUAUUCCUAUGAUGGACAGAGACAAGAAGGAUGAAGUCCCACAAGGCCAGCUUGGGUUCUACAAUGCCGUAGCCAUUCCCUGCUAUACCACCCUCACCCAGAUCCUGCCUCCCACGGAGCCUCUCCUUAAAGCAUGCAGGGAUAAUCUCAGUCAGUGGGAAAAAGUGAUUCGAGGGGAGGAGACUGCAACUUGGAUUUCAUCCCCCUCCGUGGCUCAGAAGGCAGCUGCAUGUGAAGACUGAGCCCUGAUCACGCACAGAUUCUCAUCUUGCUUCUUUGACAUUUUUUCCUUUUCUUGGGGGGGGGGUGGGGGGCACCUACACCUGGUAACUGGGGUGCAGACCUCUUCGAGAAGGUAACAUCAAAUAAAUAAGUCAAGCAAAGGACUUCCUGCCAGUCUCCUCUGUGAGGCAUCAUAGACACUGAACAACCAGGACCACCCCAUGUUCAGAAAUCAGCUGGCCAAGUGACUCCAUUUGACUUGCAAACCAGCCUUUUCUAAUAGGCUGAUAUUGCUGAGGCCUUAAUGGAAAUGGACAAAAAUUCUUCAGAAGGGGUACUUUUCCAUUGUAUCUUUCUAAUAAGGAGUGAAAAUGGUACUAUUAUGGUAUUGUACUUGGGCUCUGACAUCAAUGUUGUUUUGAUGUUGUUGGUUAUAAAUAGGAAUUUUUACACAUUACUAUCGUGAAUGUUCAUGUGUGACCUACUUGUAAUUAACUUGAGUUGUAGUCUACAGCCUCAGGACAAAUGUCCUUGAGGUUACAGAGUAAGCAGCGAUGAGAAAACGUCAAAUUCUUUUUUCAGAGCUUCAUGAAUUUAGUUAGACAGACUAAACAUAUUCUUUUAAGUUCAAACUAAAGGGCUGAGAUGAAUAAAUUUAACACUAAAAGAAGUAGACCUUAAGAGAUGAGGUAUAUGUUACAACAAAUCUCAGAACUUCAAGUAUCAGUUCAAAAGAUGACAAUUUUUAAAUUUUUUUUCAUUGAUGUCUUGGCAAUUUUACUGAACCCUUUGCAUAAAGAACAAAAUAAAAGCAAGGCAUUGUCAAUUUUUUUAACAGACAACUCUUAUGGAUAUAAAGUGUAAAUUUUUCAUAAUGAUUUCUUUAUAUUUUCACUUUGUGUCAUUGCAGAAUUUUAGACUCAUAUUCACAAUGAAAUGUUUAUUCGUAACAUUGUUUAAUUAAAGUACCAUACUUUUCUUUUUUAAACAUCAAACCAUAAAAUGUGUCUUUUGUGAUUUUACUUUGACCUGCUGCAUUCACCUCUCAUUUAUCUCUUUCGACAUGCUGCAUGGUCAUAUUUCAUGAGCUUUCUGUCCAUAGCACAGAAACAGAAGCAGGAAGUAGUACAAUCAUGUUGGACCUUCUUUCCGUUCUCUUUACUCUUCUCACAGAUCAAAUCACUCCAUAGAAACCUGUGGUUUCUUCUAUAUGGCUUUUUGGUUGACUAGUAUUACUAUACAAUGUAAGUGUUUCGAACAAUACAAAAGUAAUACUCUGCACCCCUUCCUACGGAGAUUAUAAGGUAGUCACUUCUGGUGCAUAUUAAUACUUCAAAGAUUUUUAGCGCAAUGGCACAGCAACCUCCAACCCUGUUCUAACCUGAAGGAAUCAGACAGAGACUCACUCAGGAAGUGACAGGCCAAUCAUAACAGAUAACUUACUCACUUUUCACGUGGCAGGAAACUGGAAUAUCACUUUUAUUAAAAUAAAAUUGAAAAAAUGCUUCUACAUAUUUAAUACCAUAGGCAUUUUGUUCAGAUGAGCCUGGUUUGUGCAAGAUUAAAUCAGAGGCUUCUACAACAUGGUUUAUUUAUGCCGUAGCAGAGUUGGCUCUACAUAAGCACUGUUCUUAUUUUAAAAUUAACACUAUGUGUUCAGUUUUCUUCUGGGCUUCUGAAAGUUGCCAUCUUCCCUACAUGGAACUCCAUUUGCUAUUUUAAUUAUACACUAUGACAUAAAAUGUAAUAACUAAAGAAAGAGAAAUACCACUGUGGCUAGAUGUGUACACACACACAUAUAUAUAUGGAAGGAUGUAAUAUAUGUAGAACACACACAUACAUGUAUAUAGGAUGCACACUCAUAUGUAUGUAGACAUAUACAUACGUGUAUAUAUGAUACACACAUGAGACAAGGAAAGAGAGGAAGAGAGAAGCAAAAAUGUCGGAAAAAAUAUAAAUCAACCAGUUCUUCCAUUCCUUAAAAACAAUGACUUUGCUUGAUGGAAAAUACAUAUUACUUGUUAGUUGACAAGAAAGUGUCAUUUUUUGUUAGUGUAUUCAUAUUGAAUUUGAAAAAGUUACAUAUUUUUCUGCAUAUAAAUUUAUGAAGCUGGAUUCUACGAAAAACAACUUAAUUCACAAAAGUUAAUUUGGUCAUCUAAUUUAACUUGGGAAAGGAUAUGUUAUUUAAUAUUAUUGUUUAAUUACAAAAAUUUUAAAAGAAUAUAUGAAUUCUGUUUUUUAACAUAGAAAAUAAUUAUGGAGUUAGGGCUCUGAUGGCUACUUUUAUAGUUUUAGGUGAUUAUUACAGAAAAUUCUCUUAAUUUAUUAUAGGCAAGUGUAUUAUGUAAUCUCUAUUUUGAACAGUUUCCCAAAGGAAUGUGAUUGGAUUUACUGGUUGGUUAAUUUCUUGUGAAAUAUUGUCAUAAUAGAAGCACAGCUUGAAUGAAAGACUGUAUUUUGAUAUAAACUGUCAAUAUUGCUUUUACCAUGUGUAAGAUUUACUUAAUAAUCACAGAUGUACGUAAAAUAAAGGGACCCAGGAUGCAGUAAUAUUUAGUUAAUAAUUUGUUUUGAAAAACAUGCAGUUAGGAAUAUUUUUGUAUUUUGUCUGAUGUGUUUAGCAGACAAACAUCUGAGUUAUAUUUCUUGUCUUUUUCCCAGAUCUUUUCUUAAAAGAAAAAUAUGACACCAGAAGCCAAGAGAUAGUUUUUACUAACAACAGUUUUGAUGAGUUCUUAUUAAGGUCAUAUUGUGUAUUGUGGCAAAUUUUCCACCUAGUGUAAAUUUAGUAACCAGCUACGAGGAUAUGCAGGAUAUUAAGUUUGCAGAAAUUUAUAUUGGCUACAUUUAUUUGUAAUAGACAAGUUUUAUAGUCAUAUGCAAUUAUUCCAUUAUCUUUUGGACAUAGCAAAUAUGGUUUUUAGCUAAAAAUGUCCUUGGAAACAUAAAUGCCUGCCAAUAACAUGAAAUAUUGAAUUCAGGCAAUGUGAAUUAAUUAAUUAGAAAAAGGUCAAAGGAAAUGCAAUGGAUGUGGAAGCUAAUUCUGAAAAACAGCCCUAUUACUAGGGCAGGGACUCUGAUCCAUUUCCCACCUGUGCUUCUCUCUAAGAGGUGUAUGAAAAACCCAUCUUGCAAAAUAGACCAAAAUAUUAGAGACAGUUGUUCCUAUUCCUGACUCUUCAAUGGAAGGAAGGUACAGAUGUUUACAGGGGUGCCCCACAUGACUUGUUCUCACCACAACAAAAGCAAUGAAUUGGAAACUAGAUUUGUUCAGUAUAGGUUUCCUCUUUUUUGGCAUGCUUUUUAGAUUUUUUUUCAUUUUGUAAAAUCUCAGUUAAUUUUUCUUUACUGAUAUAUUCGUGUAUACGAGACAUGUUUGUACAUGAUAUAAAUAGAUGCACAAAUCCUUAGAUACCUGGUUUUUUUUUUUUUUAAUAGGUUUAGGUUUGGGUAUUGUGUUUCUGGUCUUUUAACUCAAAAUUAAGGUUUGAGCUUUAAUAGGACUAAAUUAUUCACCAUGCCUUGGCCUGUGCCUUUAUUUUAAAUACUGCAAUUUUACUACUUCAUUCUUGUAUUUAUUAUUUUGCUUUUCUUGCUUAACUGUAAUUGAAAACAUUUAUAGGCACUCAUCUACAGUUCAUUUUAUCAAGUUGGAUGAAUAGGACCGUUCUCUCUUCAUCAGAUUUCUAUCCUUUAUUUGACUUCAUUGACAAAUACCCUGGCGACUAUAACCAACGAACUGUUCAGAUUCAGUCUUUUCUGCAAGAACUUCAAAGAACUGUGACAUUGGUUAUGAUGUGAUUUUGGGGGGUUUCCAGUACCUAAGCAUGAUUUAGAUUUUUAAAAUCACUUCUCUCUACAUAUUUCAAACAUAUGUUUGCUUUCUACACUUUUUUAUUUAGGGUUUAAUUCUUUAAAGACUAUAUUCAUAUAAUCACUAUAGUAGAUCUCUUCUAUUGCAAGUAUUGCUCUGAUUUUUAAAUUACUAUAAAAUGUAAAUCAGCCGAAUAUGUUGUCUGUUACAGUUUCCCCAUGCUUUCAGCGCAUGGCUGUGAGAUUUUUACAUGUGCAUAAGUAUUUCGCCAAUACACAUAUUGCUGACUUCUUUAGCUAUUUAUAUUACGUUUAAAUUAGUAAUAUCUAAUGCAGUGCACACUUUUUUUUGUCUUUUUUACAAUGGAAUAGUUGGUUGUCUGAAGCAUUGGAUGCAUUUUAUAUGAUAAAAAUGGCAAGAAAGAUAAGAAAGUGUCAGCAGUGUGCUGGUUCUAAAUUAAGAAGAUAGAACAAAGAGAAAGACAUUAAUGUUACGCAAGAAACACAUGUAACAUCCAAAGAAGCAAUGCUGUCCUCACUUAUGUUUCUCUUCUCAACCCAGCAAUGGAGAGCAGGGCUUGCGAAGCCAUGGAGAGCCCGCCUGCCCCUUCCUGCCAGUGGGAGAAAAGUAACCAAUGGCAAGAAGAGCCAGGCAUGGCCCUGUGGGGCGAAGGCUAAUGUCACCUCAGGACCAAGGUGGAAACUUACAGCUGAAUCCAGGGUUGCUAAGUAGGGAAGUCAGUUUACACAUUUCAGUUUUUAUCUGAUAUUUUUGAGGUACUGCAUAUUUGUGAAAGUUUAAGUAGAAAGGUUUUGUUUCUAUUGCAAGUUCUAAAAGUAUUAUCUAAUACUCUAGCCCAACUAAAAUAUUACAUCAUGGGCGUUACAGCCUUCGUCUUUUUCUUUGGUCACCUUAAUACCCAGUCCUAUGCUGUAUCACAAAUAGCCUAUGUAAGUGACAUAUAGGAAUAUUAUUUUCCAUAUGAUCUGUUGUAUGGUGUAUAUGCUAUGUGUUCAUUUCGUGUGCAAGCUGAGUGCAAUAGACUUACCCAGAGAAGGUGUUUGUAUAUUAGACCCCUACCUAUUUGAAAUUACAUGCUUGCCCAACACACUGUGAAAUAGUUACCAAAAUUUGUACAAAUGAAGCACUGUCAUUCUUUCUGAGAAGACAAAACGGCUUUCUUUACAUGAACAUAUGAACAAGAGAGAUCCUAGGUCUAUACGUAGCUAAGGCAUCUAAGAGUUUGCUGUUGAUAAUCUUGCUGACCAAAAGCUGUUGGAGAGUAAUACAGAUUACACACCAUCAAAAAUACAGUGCUCAUAAAGAAACGGCUUGUAAAGUCAAUGAACCUGUGUCCAGAAUUUUAGUAGGCUCUCUGUUGGAAGGAGAAAGAAUUUCAAGUUAACAGUAUCUAACUUUAUCAUAGUUGAUAAGUUAGUAAAUUUUAAAAAAUGAUUUUGUAUGUAUGACAAAAAUCUUUGUAAAAUGCGCAAGUGCAAUAAUUUAAAGAGGUCUUAACUUUGCAUUUAUAAAUUAUAAAUAUUGUACAUGUGUGUAAUUUUUUCAUGUAUUCAUUUGCAGUCUUUGUAUUUAAAAAAACAUUUACUGUUACGUUUGUAUAAUAGAACAGUAAUCAUUUAUUAUAAUCUAGGCAAGUUGUAAAUAAAUUCAUAAUUCAAACAGCCAGUA